AACCAAAUUAGACGGUGUCUUUACAAUCGGGUAUUCGGGUCCACCCGUAAUAAGUCUUUCUGAACUUGAGUCACGAGUAACUAUUUGUCUACGGUCGUGUUUUACUUUUUAUCAUUUGCUUCGAGCUUUUAGAUCAAUCAAGGGAAAGAUGGGAAGAUGCUUAACGAAGAAGGUGUUUCUGAUUCGGAGUCCGAUCCUGUUUCUUCAUCUCCUGAUCUCCUUCUCAUCUGGUGCAAUGAAACAGGAUCCGAGAGGGGUCUGCGUUUCUAAAGGAGGGAGGUUUCCGCCCUAUGAUUCAGAAGGAAAGCCUCCUAAACCGAUUGGUAAAGGAUCAAAGGAUCUAACUCUGUGCCAGGUGUUCCGUAAAAGGACUUGUUGCUCUCCUGCUCAGACAAACCCAGCUUUCGUAGCUGUCAGAAACUUGGCUACUUUCGGGGAAGCUAGUCAAGAGUGCCAGCAUCUGUUCGAGCUGUUGGAGUGUUCGAUCUGUAACCCCAACGUUGGAGUUCAACCAGGCCCUCCUCGCAUUUGCGCUUCGUUCUGUGACAAAGUCUUUGAAGCUUGCAAAGACGCAUACUUCGCCAGUAAUGCACUUACACAGAUGAUUGGUCCAUGUGGAGUAAACGACAUCAUCUGCGUUAAAACCUCGAAUUGGGAGUCUAACGGCACAUCGUUCUGCGAAGCUGCUGGUUUCUCUGUUCAAACAAAUGCUGAUUCUAGAGAUAAACCGUGUUAUGGAAGCAAAGCAAGUCUAGAACCGGUGGUGGAGUCAUCAUGGCGGAGAAAGCCGAAAAAGAAGAAGACCCCUUUGAAGACUGAGACUUUAUCAUGUUUUAAAGAUCUUUUGCAAUGGGUUCGCGUGAUGACAACGAUUCAGAAGGUUUCGUUGGGAGUGUCGUUUGUUGUAGCAGGAAUGUUCUUGAUCAGGGGUUACAGGCAAUGGAAUAACCGUAAUCGGAAGCAGAGGCUAGUUGCAAUCCAGAGAGCUGCUAGACGAUUGGGAGGGAAGGCAAACGGGAAUUCAUACAAUGCAGCUAUAAAUAGAAGAGCAGUUCAAAGUUGAUUUCUUUUCACCAUUGAACAAAGCUGAGUAAAGCCAUGAAUUAACUGUUAUCGAACCUUCUUGUCUCAAGUAAAGUGUUGUCAAAUGCGAGAAGUACUGUUUUUGCUGUUACUAUUGUUAUUCUGGUAAGAACACUAGAGAGCUUGAAAUUGAAGAAAACGUUGUACA